AUGGAUGAUGAUGGGAAAAGCUAUGUUUCUGCAGAAGUAUCUGAUAUGUUGGAAUCAGUUUCUUUUCUGAACGUAGCAUAUCAACCUUUGAAAGUCUUCUUGAGAGUGAGGCCCUUUUCUAUAGCAGAGCUUGAAAACCAUGAAUCUCAGGGCUGUGUAACUAUUGAAGAUGCUCAGACAGUAAUUCUUAAUGCACCCAAAGAGUCUUCUGCAAUGAAAAACAGUGAAAGAGGGAUUGGUCAUUCUGUGCACAGGUUCACCUUUUCUCAGGUCUUUGGGCCAGAAACUACUCAGAGCGAAUUUUUUGAAGGCUCAAUGAAAGAGAUAGUAAGAGCAUAUGUUAAUGGAGUGAAUGGACUGGUGUUUACUUAUGGGGUUACAAAUGCAGGCAAGACAUUCACUAUCCAAGGGACUUCAAAAGAUUUUGGUAUUUUGCCUCGCUCACUUGAGGUGAUUUUUAACCACAUAAGGGGAAGACAUUACCUGAAGAUGAACUUCAAACCAUAUUUGAGCAACAGUGUUAAGAAACUAGAAGAUGCACAAGUUAAGCAAGAAGAAGCCAUAAAAACUGCUAUUCUUGCAUCACUGAAAGAGGUCAGUGACCAAAUACUUCCUUUAUGGAUACUUGAGAACAGCUUUGUUCCACUUGAUGUAUAUAGGACUGAUAUACACCAAAGAACACAAGCCUCUGUGUGGAUUUCCUUUUGUGAAAUUUAUAAUGAAUAUGUGUAUGACCUAUUAAAUGUAUUAUCUACAUCAAAAACUCAGAAACGCAGAGUCUUAAGGAUUUGCGAGGAUCAAGGAGGAAAUUCUUAUAUUAAAGACUUGAAGUGGAUUAACAUUCAGAGCACUGAAGAAGCCUGCAAAAUACUAAAAAUAGGUAACAAGAACCGAAGCUUUGCUUGUACUAGAAUGAAUGAGCAAUCAAGUAGGAGUCACAGUAUAUUUUCAAUCAGGCUACUAAAGCUAACUGAUGAGCAUCAGCCACGUGUUCUUGGAGUUUCAGAGUUGUCUUUCUGUGACUUGGCUGGAUCAGAGAGGUGUAAUAAAACACAAGCCUUUGGAGACAGACUAAAAGAAGCAGGAAAUAUUAAUAAUUCUCUUCAUAUCCUUGGAAAAUGCAUUGCAGCAUUGAAGCAAAAUCAAAAUCCGAAGAUGAAGCCAAGCUAUAUUCCAUUCAGAGAGAGCAAAUUGACUCGUCUGUUUCAGCCAUUCUUUUGUGGAAAAGGCAAAGCUUGUAUGAUUGUAAACAUCAAUCAGCAUGCUUCCACAUAUGAUGAAACACUGCAUGUUAUGAAAUUUUCAGCUGUAGCCAAACAGGUAAUCCAGACAACCCUACCCAAAAGUUUUGGUUACUUUCCACCCAAGUUAGUUGGAGGCGAUGGCAAACCUGUCAUACACUUCGAUGCUAACACAUCUGUAGAUGACUUUCCUGACAGUACUGAAACCUCCGCAGAAGAGGAAGUGGACAUCACCAUUCUGAGUCAUGAGGAUCUCUUGAAAACUACAGAGAACCUAAAGGAGAAGCUAGUUGCAGAAAGGCAAAGUAAACUCCUUCUGGAGGUGAAGAUACGUAGAGAGAUGGCAGAAGCAAUGUUCCGACAGCUGUUGGAAACAGAGGAAGCCUGGAGCAACCGCUUGGAAGAUAUGAAAGACAGUUUUGAAGAAAAAUUGGAGAGCAAAUUUGAAAUGUAUAAAGAGGCCAUCAAGAAACAUGCAUAUGCAUGUGCAAUGGAACAAAUUGAAGACCAUUAUGUUCCUAUAGAAGAAUUUCUAGCUGAACAAGAGAAAGUUGAGGAUAGAGAGAAUAAAAUACUGCAAUUGGAAAGGCAACUUGAUGAACAGUCAGGGAGGCUGUUGGCUGUGGGAAGUCCGAAUUCAGAUAUACUGACUACUGAAAAUAACAUGGAACUAGAUCUUGUGAACCAGACGAUGAAGAGAGCCAAUGAAGGACUGCAGAAACAAUGCAAAGAGAAAGAAGAGCUUAUAAAAUCUCUGAAGUUCAAAAUACAGAAAUUAAAUGAAACCCUGCUAGAAGCUAACGAAGGCUACAGAAAAAUGGCAGAAGAGAACAGUCAACUGAAGCAUACAAUCAUGCUCAAGGAUCAAGAAAUUAAUAGUCUUCAGAACUGGGCUAAACGUGUUCUUGAGCUUGAAGAAACAGUGUCUUCCCUGCAAAAAGAACUUGAUGAACGGAAAAAGCAUUUCUCUGCAGAGGAGCCAAAACAACAAAAGCCCAGGAGAGGUUUGUUGGCUAACCUGAAAUCCACAGUAGCAGCCACUACUAGCACACCUCUUGGUAAAGGCUGGGGGAAGUACGAAGAUGCUUCAUCCCCUUCAAGAAAACAAGUACUGUUGGCUCAUAAAGCAAAAGAAUAA